UAUAAACAGGGGCCCAACUUGGAAUACGAUAAAAUCAACGAGUGCAAAAUAGCGGACGGAAAUGAGCAACGAUUCAAAGAAACCACGAAUUUCGACUGAUUGUUGAAUGGAAUAACACAUUUGAUGGAUCAUCAUGGUUGACUUCGGGCUGAGACGAGUCGUGCAUUCUCAGAAAACUGUAUUAUCCAGGUAACCCAGAUCUUCGGAUCGUAUAUUUAACUGCAGCUGUGAGAUGUCCUUCAGAGUACGACUAGCUCGCAGCAGACCUAUGCGUUUGCUACGCAGCAUCGCUCUCAAGUGCUGGGCCUUCUCCAGUGUCUACUUGCUAGUCUGCUUCCUCCUCUACUGGCUAUAUGGCGGAGUCUUGGCCUUCCUCCUGCUGUGUUUUGCCACAACUGGGAUAUUGUACCAUAAAGAGGAUCAGCUUCUCUACCAUCCAGAACAGCCGGCGCAUUCCAGAGUAUAUGUCCCUUCUCCUUCCAUCUUCAAUCUACCCCAUCAGAGCAUGUAUAUCAAGUCUGGUGAUGGAACAAUGCUGCACAUGUUCUUCAUUUCCCAACCGGAGGACAAGAUGAAGAAGGUGCCCACUAUCUUGUUCUUUCACGGCAAUGCUGGCAAUAUGGGUCAUCGGCUACAGAAUAUAGCAGGUUUAUAUCACAAUUUACAAUGCAACAUUCUAACGUUAGAAUAUCGGGGAUAUGGCUUGUCGCAGGGCUCCCCGUCGGAAGAGGGCUUUUAUAUGGAUGCUCGAGCCGGCAUCGACUAUCUGUUCACUAGAACGGACAUAAAUACCAAUGAAAUCAUAGUGUUUGGUAGAUCUUUAGGUGGUGCGGUGGCGAUCGAUUUAGCCACAAAAGAAGAGAACUCGCGGCGAAUUUGGUGCCUUAUCCUAGAGAACACAUUCACCAGUAUACCAGACAUGGCCGCACUCUUCGUCGGAUCCAAAAUCCUACAAUAUCUGCCACUCUUUAUAUACAAAAAUAAGUAUUUGUCUAUCCUCAAAGUGCGCUCGGUUAUCGUGCCGACACUCUUCGUUUCCGGUCUGGCGGACACCUUAGUGCCGCCGCGCAUGAUGGAAGAUCUUUACAAAUCUUGCCGAAGUAGUCACAAGCGAUUGCUUCCCAUUGCUGGUGGCACGCACAACGAAACGUGGUGCCAGCCCGGAUACUACCAGAACAUCUGUGCUUUUUUGCACGAGCUCAGGGAUAAUCCGCUCCCGAGGGUGGCGUCUAGUCAUUGGCACAUAGACGAUAUCUAACGAUGGAUUGAUUUGACUUCAGAAAGGGACAUAAUUUCAAGAGGGAGGAAUUAAAAAUAAAAGCAUUCAGUGAUAAUCAAAGAAAUGAUUUGAUUUCCUCCGAAUCUUUUUUUAAAAUAUCGGAACCGAGUUUGUUAAUUAAAUUAACAAAUUAGCUGUCAAAUGUAAGAU